AUGUGUAGAAAGUCUAACCGAAUUGGAACUAAUCUGUAUAAAGGAGCCAAUUGCGUUCUCUCACUUCAAACGAUCACAACCCCAAAAUCCACCAGGGUUCCGACUUCCGAAACCCUAACACCUUCAAAGACGAGUAUUCAUCUCCACGUUUCUUUUGCUCUUUUCAUAGGAUGUGAUUCUAACUCUCACUUCUACCAUUGUUGUCCAGAUACAUAUAACUUCUAUUACAUCAAAGAGGAAGCAAUCAGUUUGAUAGAUUGCUUCACUCCAUAUCAUGAGAGGGAGCUUAAUGCUGUUGAUCACAAACUUCAAGCAUCCUCAUUGGUCCCUUUACCUUUCUCCAAAACACAUUCAAGUGAUCUUUCAGUUGUAAUCCAUGCUGAAAAAAACACGAAGCCCUUUGUGAUGCAUGUAUCAGAUGAUGAUGAUGAUGAUGUGGUUAAUAGUGGUCGUUUUGCUUGUGAUGAAAUUUAUUUAAGUGAUGAUGUGGAUUCAGAUAGUGACUCAUCAACUGAAGCCCAAUGUUCUUUAAUGGACAAAGGAGGACUUAUUGAAGGUGCAUUGAUUGAACUAAGCCAUGAACACCAGCUUAGUGUUGCUGAAGAAAUAAGAAGCCGAAUAUCUGCAUUUGGAACUGAUUUUACAAAUGAAAAAGAAAAACUCACCAAUGCAAUUUCUCGAGCUGAAAAGAGCAAAGAAGCACGAAGGGAAUUGGAUAGAAAACGUGAUUUGCAAUAUCAACGCAUAAUUGCAGAAGCACUUGAUAAUCAUCUGACUGAUGUUCAAAGACACCAUGAAUACAAAUCUCAAAUAGAAGAGAAAAAGAUACGCGAUGAUGCUGCAAUUGAAGAGUCCAAAAGAAAGCAGAAAGCUCUUCAAGAAGAAAAAGUUCGACAAGAAAAAAUGAAAUCAGAAGAGGCCAAAAGACAAGCUGAAAAGAAGAGAGAAGAAGAAAUGAAAGCCAAAGCCAAAGCAUUGGAAGAUGAAAAAAGAGCUGCAAAAGAAGCAGCUAUGUUGUCAAUGGCAGAAAGUCAAAGAAAGGCUGCUGAGGCUUUGACUGCUUCCAAUGAACUUAAUAAACCAUCUUCUGGAAAUGUAGUCAAGGGUGCUGAGAGUGGUUUAAAAAUGGAGGAAAAAAGGGUACAAAUGUACAAACAAGUAAUUGGAAAAGAUUUGGUAUCAGAAAUGGAUUCUAAUAAGGAAUACCGAAGUCAUGGUAUGCAAAUGGCUAGACGCAUCAAAACCAUAACUGGGACAAAAGAGAAUGUGAGAACAAAAGCAGAUGAAUUGGUGAAACUAAUGAAUUCAACCUUUCCUCAAUCCAUCAACAUUGGGAUCUUUGCAGAUAAAAUUGUCUCCCAAAGCACAAACGCAAGCAGCAACAGUGUCCUAUAUGGUUAUGGACAUGUCAUUGUUAUGGUUACUUCAAAGAUUCCACAUGCCAUGGAAAUACUACUUGCCAAAUUAAACAAAGUUUGCAUCUUCACAGUUCCAAAGUAUUUGAGUUACUCAGAGGGAGCUUUCGAAUCUAGAGAAGCAUACUACAAAGCCAUUGGUUAUGAAGAAGAAGAAGAUGGAAAACUUGAAAGCACAGAUACUUAUGUAGGAAGGUUAACCCAACAUAUGAAACUAUACGCAGCUUUAAUUCAGACUGAAGUUGAUGGUUUCCGAAAUUUGCAUGGAAUUGAAGAGGGCUGGAAAUGGCUUGCUAGAUUUUUAAAUGCACUCCCUGCAAAUAUAUACACUGGAGUUGCUCUACAAGCAUUCAUUGAGUUGGCGGGGUUUGGUAUGUACAAAAGGUAUAAAAACCAGUUCAAGAAGCUAUUAAACAUAAUAUCACAAGACUUUUUAAAAGCGUUGAAGGAAAGAGAAGAUCCAAAAGUGACAAAAGUUGUGAUAAGUUUAGAAAAUUACAUCCAAUCAAAGGAGUUCUUAAAGGAACCAGAAGGAUGGCGUUUGCAAGAUUCUUUACUAUCUCAUGGAUUUGUCCCUAAUGAAUCUGAUGAUCAACAACAGUAUUAUAACAAUAAUAAUAAUAAUAACUCAUCGGGGGGAUAUGGAUACAAAGGGUAUCAACAACAAUACAAUUAUAAUAAUUCACCUAAUAGGUAUGUUUAUCAGCGCUAGACUAAAUUGUCAAGAUUUGUAUUUUUUUUUUAAAGAAAAUUUAUAUGAGAUACAAGAAUCUUGAUUCAAAUUAGAAAUUUGUUUGUUUCAAAUGAAUUGUAAUUCGUUUAUAGUUUAAUCGAAUAGAUCUCUAUAUAUGGG